GAGUUGAUUUGAUUGACUAUGACCGGGAAUUACGAGGAAGAAUGAAUGAAGCUGACAAGGUUGUUAGCCGUCAUGACUACAUUAAUAAAGCUUGUUAGGAGUUAGGAGGAGGAGACUGUGUUGUCUGUGAUUGUGUCAUUGUGUGAUUGUGAUGUAAUGUGCAUAGCAGCCCCUAACCAAACCCAAAAGCCAAAAUCUACCCACCUAUCUACCCUCUCACCUUCCAUUUCGGUGAAGCUGAAAACAACUACUACUCAACGCAACCAACAAAGACAACAACAUAGAACAAACAACCUUAAUGAUGGAGAUACCACAUGGGUGUUGGGAAAUGUGGGUCGAAGAGGCACUUGGGACACUUAAUUCUCUCAAAGUACUUCGGUCUCUGAGACCCAUUUGCCUCCGGAAGGAUGAGCCACCUUCACAUUGUCUGGAAUCUGCGGUUGGUGAAGGUGCACUCCAGGUGUUCGAUGAAAUGCAGCAGUGGGAUAGGUCAUCUGUGGAAGUGGAGAUGAGUGAGGCCACGUUUAGUAGAUGGAUGAAUGACACCCCAAGUUCUGGUGAUGACAUUAUUCAUAGUGCAGUUGCUGGUGAUGAUGAACCAAGGGCAUUUUGUGACAAGUUUAAAAAAUUAAUUUUGUUUUCCGGAAAUGAUUAUCUAGGAUUGAGUUCCCAUCCGACUAUUGGAAGGGCUGCUGCAAAGGCAGCUCAAGAACAUGGGAUGGGACCAAGGGGUUCUGCCCUUAUUUGUGGAUAUACCAAUUAUCAUAGGCUGCUAGAGUCAAGCUUGGCAGAUUUGAAAAACAAAGAGGAUUGCCUUCUUUGUCCCACAGGGUUUGCUGCUAAUAUGGCCUUCAUGACAGCAUUAGGAAGCAUAGCUUCUCUCUUAGCUGGGAAUAAAUUACCUUCAGAUGAUGAAAUGAUUGCAGUAUUUUCUGAUGCAUUAAACCAUGCGUCAAUAAUUGAUGGUCUUCGUCUUGCUGAGCGGCAAAAAGGUGUUAAAGUGUACAUAUAUAAACAUUGUGACAUGUCGCACCUCAAUGUGCUCUUAUCUCAAUGCAGAAUGAGGAGGAAAGUUGUGGUGACUGACAGUUUGUUUAGCAUGGAUGGAGACUAUGCACCAAUGGUUGAGCUUGCAGAACUUCGCAAGAAGCAUGACUUUUUGUUAGUCAUUGAUGAUGCUCAUGGAACAUUUGUUUGUGGACAAAACGGUGGUGGUGUUGCUGAGGAGUUCAACUGUGAAAAGGAUGUUGACGUAUGCAUUGGUACUCUAAGUAAAGCUGCUGGCUGCCAUGGAGGAUUUAUAGCAUGCAGCAAAAGCUGGAAGCUAUUAAUACAGUCAAGAGGUCGUUCAUUCAUAUUUUCAACUGCUACACCAGUCCCAGUUGCUGCUGCUGCUCACGCUGCUGUUGGAGUAGCAAAACUUGAGACAUGGCGUAGAAAGGCUAUAUGGAACCGUGUGAAAGACUUUCAUUCACUUACAGGAAUCCCUGUUACAAGUCCCAUUAUAUCUCUAAUAGUAGGCAGUGAAGACAAAGCACUGCAAGCAAGCCGGUUUUUAUUGCAAUCUGGAUUCCACGUGACUGCAAUCAGACCACCAACUGUGCCACCUAACUCUUGCAGGCUGCGAGUGACCCUAAGCGCAGUUCAUACAAGGCAAGAUUUGGAAAAUCUCUCAGCUGCACUCUCCCGUUGCAUAAAUUUUCAGGACACCCGCAUAUAUAGCAGCAAUGGCUAUGCAAGAUUGUAGCUUUUGAUAUUCUUUCAAAAUGAACUGCACCAAUGUGAUUGAUUGCCUAUAACCGGAAAUAAGUACACAGUAGCUUUAUCAGCAGUUCAAUUCAAUUAGAUUCCAUUUAUAGUGGCUGCUUCUUCCCUCAUUGUAAGUAGCCUCAAACUUAAGAGGGGUGAAUUGAGUUUUUUUGUCUUAGCCAAGGUAUUUUCA